AUGAAGUACGCAGUCUUCACAGGCCUGCUGGCGCUCGCCGGCGUGCAUGCCAAGUCCACCUCCCACGUCGAGGAUGUCCUGGUAGAAAACCUCCACAGAGUACCCCAGGGCUGGAAGGAGGUCGGCGUGCCGGCGCAGACCCGCAAGCUUCAGUUCCGCAUUGCUGUCCACUCGCCUAACCAUGACCUGUUCGAGCAAACAUUACUGGAAAUUUCGACUCCUAGUCACUACCGCUAUGGGCAGCAUCUCAAGCGGGACGAGUUGAAGCAAUUGAUCAAGCCAAGGGCUGAGUCCACCAACGCCAUCUUGUCUUGGUUGGAGGAUUCGGGCAUUCCCUCCGAGGACAUUGUGGAUGACGGGGAAUGGAUCAACUUUUUGGCCACCGUCGCUACCGCAGAGGACAUGUUGGACACCAAGUUCAAGUCCUACCAGAACGUGAACCGCCCUGAUGUGAAGAAGAUCCGCACGCUUCACUACUCCGUACCCAAGGCUGUCCGUGAGCACAUCGAUUUGAUUCAACCCACCACCCGCUUUGCUCAACUCCGCGCCCAAAGCAACAACAUCCACGACCAGGAAGAGGUUCCUUUCACCACUGCUGCGGUGAAUGCCACGUGCGCCACCUCCAUCACCCCUGACUGCCUGAAAGACCUGUACAACUUUGCCGACUACACACCUGGAAACGCGUCUGUCUUGUUGGGUGUAACUGGGUACCUCGAGCAAUACGCUCGCUACAAAGAUUGGGCCCAGUUCGCGAGCACUUUCGCUCCCAAAGCUGCUGCGAGCAACUUCACUUGGUCUUCCGUUAGCGGUGGUCUUCUUGACCAACGUACCACCAACUCUAGUGUCGAAGCUAAUCUUGAUCUUCAAUACACCUUGGGUCUCGUGGCUCCCGCUGCGGAUGUCAACUUCUACAGCACAGCGGGCCGCGGAUUUCUGGUUCCCGACUUGGACCAGCCCACCCAAGAUGACAACGACAAUGAGCCCUACCUCGAUCUCUUUACCUACCUCAUCAACUUGCCCGACGACAAGCUUCCGCAAGUGCUCUCCACCUCCUAUGGCGAGGAUGAACAGAGUGUGCCACCAGAGUACAACAAGAAGGUCUGUGACUUGAUUGGACAGCUGGGUACUCGUGGUGUGUCCGUCAUUUUCUCCAGCGGUGACACCGGCGUCGGCUCGGCGUGCCAGACCAACGAUGGCAAAAACACCACCCGUUUCCUGCCCAUAUUCCCGGCUGCCUGCCCAUACGUCACGUCUGUCGGUGGAACCACUGGUGUCAACCCUGAGAAGGCUGUGUCUUUCUCCUCAGGCGGUUUUUCGGACUUGUACAAGGCCCCUGCGUACCAAAAGAGUGCAGUCUCCGCGUACCUCGAGAAACUCGGCAGCCAAUGGGAGGGCCUCUACAACCCGCAGGGUCGUGGCUUUCCUGAUGUUGCUGCUGCGGGUACAAGCUACCGCGUUGUAGACAAGGGCGCGCUCAUCUCGGUCGGUGGCACAAGCGCGUCCGCUCCAACCUUCGCAUCGGUUGUUGCCCUCUUGAACAACGCUCGUCUGUCUGCUGGCAAGCCCUCUUUGGGCUUCCUGAACCCUUGGCUUUACCAGUCUGCCUCUGGAUUCACCGACAUCACCCAAGGUGGUUCGAGAGGUUGCACUGGCAGAAGCAUCUACUCUGGGCUCCCAGCACCGUACGUUCCGUACGCCUCGUGGAACGCGACGGAGGGCUGGGACCCGGUUACCGGUCUGGGCACUCCUGAUUUUGGCAAGUUGCUCAAGCUCACGCAAGGCGGUGGCUACGGUACCGGGCGUCGGGGUCUUGACGGAAGGGUCUAA